GCAGCUGCUGCAGCGGGAGGAGCCGGAGCGGCUCGCUGCUGCAGCGGGAGCCGCCCCGGCUCGGAGCUCCGCUUGGCCGGGCUGCGGAGCGGCGAGGCACCUGGAGCCCCUCGGGGGGCGCCCGCUAGGCGAGCUGCCUGCCAGCCGAGGAAGCGCCGUCGGCCGCUGACCGAGGUGCCCUCGCCAGCUGCUCUCCCCGCGCCCGGCAUGACUUGCAAGGGCUCGUCGGGCUGGGGGCUUUGGGUGGCCCCUUUGGCGGCGCUGCUGUCUCUGAGAGGUCUAGUGAGUUCCCUGGAAGUGUUCAUGAACACAAGGAGUGUUGAAGUUGCUCGGGGCCAGACGGCGGUCCUGCCCUGUACUUUUACCACCAGUGCUGCACUUAAUAACCUUAACGUCAUUUGGAUGGUCACGCCACUCUCCAAUGCCAACCAACCUGAACAGGUUAUUAUUUACCAGGGGGGUCAGAUUUUUGAUGGUGCACCCCAGUUUUAUGGGCGAGUGGGGUUUGCAAUGACGAUGCCAACCACCAGUGCCUCCAUCUUCAUCAACAACACCCAGCUGUCAGACACUGGGACUUACCAGUGUUUGGUCAACAAUCUACCAGACCGAGGUGGCCGGAAUAUUGGAGUCAUUGGGCUCAACGUCUUGGUUCCUCCAUCUGCCCCAGUCUGCAGAAUUCAGGGCUCUUUGAACAUUGGCAGUGACAUCACGCUGACGUGCAGUUCAGAAGAAGGCAUCCCUCGGCCAACCUAUUACUGGGAAAGACUGGACAGUGCCCCCAAGCUGCCCCCGACAGCCACACAAGACCAAGUUCAGGGUACAGUCAUUCUGCGCAAUAUUAGCACUGUGUCAUCAGGACGUUACCAGUGUGUGGCUUCUAAUGUCAUCGGAAGCAGCACUUGUUCUCUUGAGGUUCAAGUGAUUACACCUCACCCCCGGAGCUUUGGCCUGAUUGCUGGAGCUGCAGCUGCAGGGGUCUUGGUGCUCAUCAUCUGCAUCACCGUGGUGGCUGUGACACUCUUUUACUGGAAGAACAAACACAAGGAGGAAGAGGAGGAGGAAAUUCCUAAUGAGAUAAGGGAGGAUGAUCUGCCACCCAAAUGCUCUUCAUCCACAAAAGCAUUCCAUGGCGAUGCUUCAUCCUCGGAGAACGACACUCUCACAUCAUCCAACACCUACAACAGCCGGUACUGGAACGACCCCAAAGCAAACCAUGCCACAGACUCCUUUGCUCGCCUCAACAACGAUGCACGCCAGCCCUUCACCCGCUCUGGAAGCACCAGCGCCCGCCCUGUCUAUGCCAAUGGAGGCCACCCAGCCCCCCCUCCACCCAAGACAUUGGUGGUGACAACCAAUACAGCCCCCUCCCCACAGGAGAUGGCCAGAAGCAAUGGCUCAGUGAGCCGCAAGCCAAGACCGCAGCACACACGCUCCUACGCCGUGAGCCAGGCAACGCUGGAAAGGAUAGGUGCAGUGCCGGUCAUGGUGCCGGCGCAGAGCCGAGCCGGCUCUUUGGUGUAGGAAGUUGGCAUGGUUCUGAGGAAAACAAGAACCUGUUGCACCGAGUGGGGGUGAAGACCUGGCCAAAACAAGAGACCCUCCUCUUCCUCCCUGAAAUGCGUUGAAGGGGAACAUCAAGCCUCUCCUCUGUGUCUUUCCCCCACCCCAGUCACUCCCACUGGUGUGUGAUGGUCCCCUCCCCUUGCUUCCCACAACCCUUUUUAUGAUCUCAGGGGUCUCCUCAGCUGUGGCUGGAUGUGCCAAGGCCAAAGGGAGGGGCACACAAGGCGUCACAGGGGGACGAUGCCACACUUGGUUUACUAAGAUCUACCUAAUGAGGCCCCCUCAAGGAUGGCGAGUGAGGUGGGGUUCAGAGGGCCCCAUAGUCAGCAGAUGGGCCAUUAGCAGGGAGGACUACUCAACAGCCUUAUGGAUGGCACAUUGGCUGCUUGGCUCAAAACAGACGACGAAGCUGGGAGGGGGGGAGUGGAAAGAUGCUGGUCAAGCCAAGCUGGUCUCAGAGGGACAGAGAGAGAGAGAAUUACGAGACAAGGGAGGAGGGGCAGAUUGGGAAUUGGUUUGAGGGUUAUAUUUUAUUCUUUAGUUUGUUCUUGCCACCCCCUCCUGCUUUCUCCUUUUCCCAGACUGGAUGUUCUCUUCCCCAUCCACCCAGCACUAGUUUUUUGGAUGCUUCCAGCAACCCCUUGUCACCUCCAUGGAAACUGUUGUGAGUCAGUCCGGCAUUGUUCCCCAACAAGCUGCUUGGCGCCAGAAUGUGCUGCUGCUGCUGCUGUUUCGCUGUUGUUGAGAGGAGGGAUUCAUGGGGGGGGGGAGGCAGUAGCGGUGCUGGUUGGAAUGCUGAAGCCUCCGUUGCUUAUCGAGGGCUGUGCUGUGUUUUCCGGGCGUGUGGCUGGCAUUUUGCAAAGAGCUGGGCUUCAGCGCCUUUGGCGUUUGCAUGGCAGGGUCCGUCUCCUCCCCACCCACCCCAUAAGGGCUGUUUGGGUCUGGCUUGCAUGGCCAGUUGAACAUUCACACAUUUGAGGCUUCACAUUUAACCUUCCUUUUCUUGGAUCUUUGGGGCUUAUUAUAGUAAAGGGAGCAGGGAAAAAGAGAGAGAGAGACAGACAGACAGAGUGAGUGUGGGAAAGCAGGGAGCAGCAGAAAGGAAGGCUCGUGGCAGCGCUGCCCCCCCCUUUCCCUCCUUGUGGCAUGACUGACUCUUACGUGGCACCUCACUGUGGCAGGCUGGCAUGAGGCCCUGUUGCUUCCUUGCCCCUGCCUGUCCACCCGACUUGACAGGUUUCACUCUUGCAAUUUUCAGUAGCCUUAAUUCAAACUGAGGAUUUAGAAAAGAAAAAAUAAUAAUAAGCAGACAAGGGUCUUUUCAUGCCGUGGAGGAGACUUAGAGCUGGGGGGCCAUUUCCUAAUACCUCGAGGAGGCAGAGCCAAGGGACAUGUCACUUGAGUCCCGCUGUCCACACCUGCCUCAUUUGUAUUGCUGACACACUGAUCUCCUUAACGGGAAAAUGCUCCCCUUGGAAGCUCUUCUUACCAGGCUUUCCUUCUCUGCACUGACAAAUGAGAGAGAGAAGGAGAGAGAGACGUCUUUCUGAUCUCACCCCAGCACUAUGAAAGGGGGUGGCUUGUUUCACAGGCUCCCUCCCACCUUCCAACUUGCACUGGAAAUGGGGUUUGCUAGAGGUCGGUCUCUUGCUACUCUUCUGCUUCCACUCGGCUCACCCAGACUUCAUACUUUCCUUCCAAAUGGGCACAGAGGCAUCCUCUAGGAGAGCUCCCUGCCCAGGCCAUAUUUCCUUCUCUACCCACACACUAUCCUUGCAGAGAGAGUCCUUCAGGUUGCACUGGGUUUGAAGCUUAGCUGAGAUUCUGUGCCUUCUUUGCUUUAAAAAAGAAAAAACAAACAAACCAUGCUCUCCUCCUCCUCUCCUCUAAGCCCCUCUCCCCCAUAACACAUACGCAACUUGCUUCAUUGACUUCCGAGCACACCAGGCAGACAGAUGGGCUGCUGAAUUUAUACACAUUUCCCAGGGAGCAGUCUCUCUCCUCAUGUGCUCACUGCCGGUUUCUCCUUUCCAGACUUGGAGGUUGGGGGUUUGGGGGGGAGGGGAGGGGUGGAAGAGUGGCUUUAAAAAAAAACAGCAAUGCAAAAAUAGAGGGUGGGGGUAAAAUAACACAGAGACACACAUUCUCUCUGCUUUUAUAACAACGAAAAAUGUAGGACGUUUUCAAGGAAUGCUGCCCACGGCAGCUCACACUCCAGUGCUCGGAAAGCCCUUCCCGGUUCUACCUUUCAUGAGACUGUUCGCUCUCCUUUUUCUUUGUUCUUUCUAAUUGUCUAAAAAAAGGGGGGGAAAUCAAUAAAACUUUUAUUCGUAUAAAAGGGGAAA